UCCUUGAAACCAAGAUCAUGUAUAUGCUGCUUUAGAAAGGAAAUGCAGCAAACUGAUAUCGCCUUUCUAAGGUGAGCGACAUUUAGUCUAUCCAUUUAGGACUGGCAGGGAUUUAUUUGAUGCUUGGGCUUCAGGGAAACAAACACACACUGAAUGAAGCCUAGCCAACUGUAACAAGCCUAUGUUUUAAUGACAGCAGGUCCAGCAUUAUGCAAAUGAGCGUGGGUAGUGCAGCGGCAGCGCGAGGCAGAUUAGAGCUGUGCCUGGGAUCAGUGAGCACACGCGCUCUGUCCCCCUCCCUCUCAGAGCAACUAGUGCCUCUGUCUGUCUCUCCUUUCUCCGCUUUUCCUCUCUCUUUAGCUUUUCACUAGUUUUCCCUCAUUCUGUUGUUCCCGUCGGCGGAUGAUUCGUGUGUCUCUCUUUGAGAAGCAGCUCUGAUUUUCCUUUGUGUAAAAAAUAAAAUCGCGCAUUCGCACGGACUCGCGCUGCGCGCACACCUCUCCGGUUAAACCAGCGCCGUUUCCUCUUUUAUAGUUAAACGGAAAUAAGAAUAAAGAAAAUGCAUCUUUACAAUUUCCAUGUAAGCACACACAUUCACCCCAUAUGUUAGUAUUUGGUGUAUAGCAGUUAGAACGAGCGCUGGUUUGAGGUUUAGAGAGACCGGGCUGUAAGUAGGUCGGGCUGGGUUUAAGCGGCUUUAGCCUGCGUCAGCCUAAGCUGGGAGGAAUUCACCCAAAGCCCUCCGCGGUAGGCGGGGGCCUAAACGAGGCUGGCCUAGUUAAGCCUGAUUCUUAUUGUUGCCCGUGUGUGUUGUGUAACACAGAGCAGAGAAGACCUCGGAUGAGAGAGAGUACAUGCAGUUAGACAGAGACUGUUUGAUUGAGAACCCAUGAAGGGGGAGAAAGAAGAGGGACAAGGAAGAGAGUGAGUGAGAGUUAAACCAGUAUUAGCCUGAGCCUCAUCACAGAACAGAAAGAAAGGGGAGGUAGAGAACCAGACCAAAUCUCAAAAGAAGGAGAGGAAAAGAAGCGAGAUAUUGUGUUGAGUUAGUGCUGGUGUCUAGGCCUGGCUCGGUCCAUUCUGGUUCCUUGGGCUAUGUUCUAAGAUGGCGUCUGGGUCCGUCUACAUGUCGUCCAGUAUGGUGGGUAAGGCUCGCUCCUCCAACUUCACCCUGUCUGAGAAACUGGACCUGCUGAAGCUGGUCCGCCCACAUAUUCUCAUCCUGGAGGAGCACACCAACAAGCACGCUGUCAUCGUGGACAAGAACAAGUGCUGGGACACAGUGUCUGAUCAGUACAACGUCCUGGGGGGGGACAGGCCCCCCCGCACUGCCCAGGGCCUACGCACCCUCUACAAGAGGCUGAAGGAGUCGGCCAAACAGGAAGUGAUGCAACGGAGACACGCCCAGCCAGAGUACAGAGGAAGUAUAUCUGAACCAACCAGGAGAGUGAUGGAGAUGAUACCUCACCUUUUCCGUCACGGAGCUAUUCACCAUGAUAAAGACCCAGCGACGAUGCACAGGGUGAUGUAUAAGCAUGACUCUCCCAUGGAGCAACCUGGCAGCAGCUCCUCCCUCCCAGACUACCCAUCAAACCCCGUCACCCACCACCUGGACCAGGAUGUGGUCAGGCUGGACCAGGACGUGGACGUGAAGCCUCCGCCAGACCUGACCAUCGUCUCCACGCGUGUGGGGGUGGUGCUAGGAGGAGAGGGGGCGGAGGAGGAAGAUGAGGACUUGGGCAGUGUCCAUGGUUAUGACGGCUCCCUCUCUCCCUGCCCAUCCUCUGUCGUCCUGCCCCUCUCCACCUCACCCGUUCCACUGCAACGUGACCUUUACCCUCAUGACCACUACCCCCGCUGUGACCCUGACAGGCUCCGUCCCCUUCAGCUGGCCAUGGAGGAGCACGAGCAGGUCAUGACCAAUCACAGAAAGAUGGGCGUAUACCUGGAGGAGAAGAGGGAGGGGCUAAAGAGGAAGCAGGAACUGGAGGAGGAGCUUCUGAGAGCAAAAAUCAAAGUAGAGAAACUGAGGGCAGCCAGGCUGAGACAUGGACUACCACUGCCCCUAUAACUAACACACCCAUGGCCUGACUGAACUGACCAUAUGGAACUCAGGAGGAUGCUCAAAUCAAAUCAAAUUUUAUUUGUCACAUACACAUGGUUAGCAGAUGUUAAUGCGAGUGUAGCGAAAUGCUUGUGCUUCUAGUUCCGACAAUGCAGUGAUAACCAACAAGUAAUCUAACUAACAAUUCCAAAACUACUGUCUUAUACACAGUGUAAGGGGAUAAGGAAUAUGUACAUAAGGAUGCUCUGAACUGUUUCUAUGUCUGUGUUUAGCGUGUGGAAGAGGGGUUUGGCCUGAGAAAUCAUGUUUGUGUGAUGAACAGUGAGUUUGAGGGAGGAUUUAAAGUUCCAAUGCAGCCUUCUCAAUCUCAAAUCAUUUCUGGGUAAAAAUGAAUUACAUUACUGUGAUUGUUUUCUAUUAAAAUGCUCAAAAAGAGACAAAAAUA